AUGCAGCAAGCGAGUGAGGAAGAUGCAAGUAGUGAAGAUGAUGACGACGGUAGCGAUGAGGAUGACGAAGUGUUUAAGGCUAAAUUUCGGGCCAUGAAGCCCUCAGCAGUCGCCAACCUGUUGCAAGCCAUCGAGUCGCAUGAGCUGUACCCAUUCUAUUGUGAGUACCGUGAGCCCGACGGGAAGUUCGCUUUUGGUCCCGACCCGGUUGAUGACGUGUUGAAAUGGAAUUCGUGGCUAGACAAGCACGGUGCUACCGUGCGGACCCAGCUUGCAGCCAAGAGUGCUGCAGCAGCCACAAGUGUGGGACAUGGACCGAUGGCGCCGACCGAGGUUCCCCGUGAUUCUAAGGAGGCGGGACAUGGACCCAUGGUGCCGGCCAAGGAACCCGGGGAUUCUAAGGAGACGGGACAUGGAGCCGUGGUGGCGGCCGAGGUUCCCCGUGAUUCUGAGGAGGUGGGCUCAAUAGAUGGUCAGUCCUUGAGCGACGAUGAUUCCGCUUCUUCGGCCAGCCUGCAGAAGCUGGUUGAUGCUUCAAGGGAGGUGGAGCUCAGCAGCUCGGAUGGUUCUGAUAGUGAGAAACCGAAGCCGCGACCGAAGCGAAGCUUGGAAAUCAAGACCGAUGCUGCUGAUGUGGUGCCGUCGAAGUUCACGAUCGAUGGAGUGGCCGCUCUUGAUGUGAAUCGUGUGCAAAAUGCAGCUUUGGAAGCUGCCUCCAAGCCGGUUCUGACCCCGCAAGAGCAGCUAAAGAUGCUCAAGAACCAGAGAGAGAAGAAUAAGCCCAAGAAGGAGACCCGCGAGGAGCAGAAGGAGGGCUUGGCUGUUUACGAAUCCGGUUGGAUGAAGGUAAAGAUCCAGGCCGCCAAGGCCAAGAAUGGCAAACCAAAGGACAUCAAGCCCGAGCCCGAAGUGCCCCGUCGAAUUAGUUAG